AUGAACUAUUGCCUCAAGCCCCCUCCUACUACAGUCAGCACAUUAGUUGGCAGCAGUACAAAGACUGAAGACUUGGUUGAAGACACAGCCACCACCAUAACUCAGUCAAGCUCAGAUCUGCCUACAACCUCAGAACAUCAGAUUACUCAACCACUCACUCCUUAUUUCACAUCUUCCAUCAAUCCAGAGAACACAUAUCAGACUUCAUAUCAGACACCUAAAUCAAGCACUAGCACCACCGUAAGCAAAGAGCCCCCUCCUACUACAGUCAGCCCACUAGUUGGCAGCAGUGCAAAGAAUGAAGACUUGGUUGAAGACACAGCUACCACCAUAACUCAGUCAAGCUCAGAUCUGCCUACAACCUCGGAACAUCAGAUUAUUCCAUCACUCACUCCUGGUUUCACAUCUUCCAUCAAUCCAGAGAACACAUAUCAGACUUCAUAUCAGACACCCACAUCAAGCACCAGCUCCAUCAGAAGGAAAGAGCCCCCUCCUACUACAGUCAGCACAUUAGUUGGCAGCAGUACAAAGACUGAAGACUUGGUUGAAGACACAGCCACCACCAUAACUCAGUCAAGCUCAGAUCUGCCUACAACCUCAGAACAUCAGAUUACUCAAUCACUCACUCCCAAUUUAGAGAACACAUAUCAGACACCUACAUCAAGCACCAACUCUAUCAGAAGGAAAGAGCCCCCUCCUACUACAGUCAGCCCAUUACCUGGCAGCAGUGCAAAGACUGAAGACUUGGUUGAAGACACAGCCACCACCAUAACUCAGUCAAGCUCAGAUCUGCCUACAACCUCAGAACAUCAGAUUACUCAAUCACUCACUCCUGAUUUCACAUCUUUCAUCAAUCUUGAGAACACAUAUCAGACUUCAUAUCAGAAACUCACAUCAAGCACCAGCACCACUCUAAGCAAAGAGCCCCCUCCUACUACAGUCAGCCCACUAGAUGGCAGCAGUACAAAGACUGAAGACUUGGUUGAAGACACAGCUACCACCAUAACUCAGUCAAGCUCAGAUCUGCCUACAACCUCAGAACAUCAGAUUAUUCAGUCACUCACUCCUGAUUUCACAUCUUCCAUCAAUCCAGAGAACACACAUCAGACUUCAUAUCAGACACCCACAUCAAGCACCAGCUCCAUCAGAAGGAAAGAGACCCCUCCUACUACAGUCAGCCCACUAGUUGACAGUACAAAGAAUGAAGACUUGGUUGAAGACACAGCUACCACCAUAACUCAGUCAAGCUCGGAUCUGCCUUCAACCUCAGAACAUCAGAUUACUCAAUCACUCACUCCUGAUUUCACAUCUUCUCUCAAUCCAGAGAACACAUAUCAGACUUCAUAUCAGACACCCACAUCAAGCACCAGCUCCAUCAGAAGGAAAGAGCCCCUUCCUACUACAGUCAGCCCACUAGUUGGCAGCAGUGCAAAAACUGAAGACUUGGUUGAAGACACAGCCACCACCAUAACUCAGUCAAGCUCAGAUCUGCCUACAACCUCAGAACAUCAGAUUACUCAAUCACUCACUCCUGGUUUCACAUCUUCUCUCAAUCCAGAGAACACAUAUCAGACUUCAUAUCAGACACUUAAAUCAAGCACUAGCACCACCGUAAGCAAAGAGACCCCUCCUACUACAGUCAGCCCACUAGUUGGCAGCAGCACAAAGACUGAAGUCUUGGUUGAAGACACAGCUACCACCAUAACUCAGUCAAGCUUGGAUCUGCCUACAACCUCAGAACAUCAGAUUAUUCCAUCACUCACUUCUGAUUUCACAUCUUCCAUCAAUCCGGAGAACAUGUUUCAGACUUCAUAUCAGACACCUAAAUCAAGCACUAGCACCACUCUAAGCAAAGAGCCCCCUCCUACUACAGUCAGCCCACUAGUUGGCAGCAGUGCAAAGACUGAAGACUUGGUUGAAGACACAGCUACCACCAUAACUCAGUCAAGCUCAGAUCUGCCUACAACCUCAGAACAGCAGAUUACUCAAUCACUCACUCCUGGUUUCACAUCUUCCAUCAAUCCAGAGAACACAUAUCAGACUUCAUAUCAGACACCCACAUCAAGCACCAGCUCCAUCAGAAGGAAAGAGCCCCCUCCUACUACAGUCAGCCCACUAGAUGGCAGCAGUACAAAGACUGAAGACUUGGUUGAAGACACAGCCACCACCAUAACUCAGUCAAGCUCAGAUCUGCCUACAACCUCAGAACAUCAGAUUACUCAAUCACUCACUCCUGAUUUCACAUCUUCCAUCAAUCUAGAGAACACACAUCAGACUUCAUAUCAGACACCUAAAUCAAGCACUAGCACCACUCUAAGCAAAGAGCCCCCUCCUACUACAGUCAGCCCACUAGUUGGCAGCAGUGCAAAGACUGAAGACUUGGUUGAAGACACAGCUACCACCAUAACUCAGUCAAGCUCAGAUCUGCCUACAACCUCGGAACAUCAGAUUAUUCCAUCACUCACUCCUGGUUUCACAUCUUCCAUCAAUCCAGAGAACACAUAUCAGACUUCAUAUCAGACACCCACAUCAAGCACCAGCUCCAUCAGAAGGAAAGAGCCCCCUCCUACUACAGUCAGCCCACUAGAUGGCAGCAGUACAAAGACUGAAGACUUGGUUGAAGACACAGCUACCACCAUAACUCAGUCAAGCUCAGAUCUGCCUACAACCUCAGAACAUCAGAUUACUCAAUCACUCACUCCUGAUUUCACAUCUUCCAUCAAUCCAGAGAACACAUAUCAGACUUCAUAUCAGACACUCACAUCAAGCACCAGCUCCAUCAGAAGGAAAGAGACCCCUCCUACUACAGUCAGCCCACUAGUUGGCAGCAGUACAAAGACUGAAGACUUGGUUGAAGACACAGCCACCACCAUAACUCAGUCAAGCUCGCAUCUGCCUACAACCUCAGAAGAUCAGAUUACUCAAUCACUCACUCCUGAUAUUACAUCUUCUAUCAAUCUUGAGAACACACAUCAGACUUCAUAUCAGACAAGUAAAUCAAGCACCAGCUCCCUCAGACGGAAAGAGACCCCUCCUACUACAGUCAGCCCACUAGUUGGCAGCAGUGCAAAGACUGAAGUCUUGGUUGAAGACACAGCUACCACCAUAACUCAGUCAAGCUCAGAUCUGCCUACAACCUCAGAACAUCAGAUUACUCAAUCACUCACUCCUGAUUUCACAUCUUCCAUCAAUCCAGAGAACACAUAUCAGACUUCAUAUCAGACACCCACAUCAAGCACCAGCUCCAUCAGAAGGAAAGAAACAAGCUUGUUUGAAGACACGGCCCUCACCAUAACUGGAUCUAACUUAAGCCUGUCUACAACCACAGAACAACAGAUUAAUCAAUCACUCACUAAAGAGCCCCCUCCUACUACAGUCAGUCCACUCGUUGGCAGCAGUACAAAGACUGAAGACUUGGUUGAAGACACAGCCACCACCAUAACUCAGUCAAGCUCAGAUCUGCCUGCAACCUCAGAACAUCAGAUUACACAAUCACUUACUCCUGAUUUUACAUCUCCCAUCAAUCCAGAGAACACACAUCAGACUUCAUAUCAGACACCUAAAUCAAGCACUAGCACCACUCUAAGCAAAGAAACUCCUGGUAAUUAUUUCAGCCCAUUACAUGGCAGCAGCACACAAACCCAAGAGCCCCAUUUAUAUUCAAAAGAGAUGAGAAGAUUUGUAACUAAUCUGCAGCUGUGUUUACACUCUGAAACUGAUGAAGAGGUCAUUCUAGAGAGCCUGCAAAAUUUUGUUGCUAAAAUACAGGAGAAGUUAAGAAAGGAACUGUGUAAAGACUGCACACUGAGGAUAUUACAAAUCCAACCAAAAUGACCGACUCCUGGUUGCAACAUCAUAAAACCUAGGGGUGUCAUGCAAUAACAUUGUGUAUUUGUAGUGCUCAAAAUUGUUGUAAAUGAUUUUGUAUUUUUGUUUGUUUUCUACAUAAGAAGGAUAUUUUAUAAUGUAAACACUUUCACCAUGUCAUGGGAACACUGUAAAACAAUGGAAAAGUGGAAGAAAUUAUAUAACUUUAUUCAUUUGUUUAUUCAGGGUGAGGUUAAGUGCUCCUUCAGGUGUGUGUUUUGUUAUGUAUUAAUCAUAAGCAAGUGGAAAGUCUGUCUGCAAAGGUACCUGCUUUUUUGCAUGCUUGCUGCAUGCUCGACUAUGCUUUGUGUUCUUUGAUAUUGUAAAAGUUGCGUUUGUCUUCAUUAAGUCGAGGCAAGUUUGCAGCUUGCAUGAAUGCAUGAAGGUUCCACUUAGUGAUCUGGCCGCUGAGUUCUGAAUAUUCCAGAAAAGUUCAUACAAUAUGUAAAUGGCUUUUGGGCUGUGGAAUGCACCUGACACCUGAAACUGGCAGGUUGUUACUGUUUUUAAAAAAGCUACAGCUUUAUUUUGUCUCAAGCUGCCCUGAAGAAAUACUGGUGACUUUUAAUACUUUUACAUUACACAUUUUCUACAAUAAAUAUCAUAAAGGUGAACUAGUGCCAGUGUCCUUAUUUGCAUCCAUAUUUCCCAUCUUUUCCUAGCCUGGGGCAUAAAACAAAUAAAAAAUUAUACAAAAGUUAAAACAGACAAAAGUUUAUCACUCCACAAUACCCAGAAAAAGAAGCAAUGAUUGAUCUGUGCAAAACAUUAUAAGAAAUAUAUAAAGAGAUAAAGCAAUACUUCAUGCAAAAGGGGAUUGUUUCCUUCGUGUCCACAAAAGGCUGGGUGGCAUGAAUCAUUCUCCAGUACAGUGUGCAUUUUAUUUAUCAGGUAAAUACUAACGUUGUAUGAAAAAAAUCAACACACCAGAUCAAUUUUAGGAAAAGUUAAUAAGUUGCUCAUAAAAAGUUGUUUCAAUGGGUCUACAACUGUUUAUGAGCAACUCCUUAAGUUUCCAUAAGAUAGAUCUGGUGUGUAGAAA